AGAAAUGAAAGGAUUAGCAACCUCGUGAAACAUCGUUUGUUUCUAGUACUGUAUGUGAGAGUGAAACAUACAGAAUGGAUACCGGCGGAGAAAACGGCGGCGUUCCUCAUGUGUUAAUCUUUCCUUUACCCAUACAAAGUCCGGUGAACUCCAUGCUAAAGCUGGCGGAGCUUCUCUGCCUCGCCGGCGUCCACGUCACCUUCCUCAACACUAAACACAACCACCAGCGCCUCCUCCGCAGCGCCGCCAACGGCGACGUGGAAUCCCGUUUCGACAGAUACCCCGGCAGUUUCCGUUUCGAAGUUAUCUCCGACGGCUUCCCGGAAGAUCACCCCCGUUCUGUCGAAGACUUUUUAGAUGUAGUCAACUCUUUGCAGACGGUGGCGGAGCCGCAUCUUAGAGAGGUGUUGUUGAGGCCGCCGGAAAGUGGGAGAAAAGUGACGUGCGCGGUAGUAGAGGCGGUGUUUUCUUACGUUUUUGAGAUUGGGAAGGAGGUUGGGGUUCCCGUUUUCGCCUUUGAAACUAUCAGCCCUUGCUGUCUUGGGGUUUAUCUCUGCAUUCCGAAACUCUUUCAGGAUGGAAAGCUGCCAUUGAUCAAAGGAGAAGACCUGGAAACAGUGGUAGAUGUUGUGGCGGGCAUGGAAGGUGUUCUCAAGGUACGCGAUCUUCCCGAGUUUUGUCGAACGGAAGGUCCUCGGGCGGAGAAGAGCCGCAAACUCGCCAUGGCUGAAAUCCAUUCUUUGAGCAAAUUAGCCCACGGGCUAAUACUCAACUCGUUUGAAGAGUUGGAGGGUCCAAUUCUGCCGCAUAUCCGCACCCACUUUCCCGGCAACACAUACAUGAUCGGGCCGGUCCAGCAACACUUAAAGACCAGACUCGCAGAGAGGGAGAUAACACAGUCACCAUCUUCAAACAGCUUCUGGAGAGAAGACAAAACCUGCAUCCAAUGGCUCGAUGAACAGCCCGACGAAUCAGUGAUAUACGUAAGCUUUGGCAGUCUCAACACCUUAACAAUGGCGCAACUCAUGGAAGUUUGGCACGGUUUGGUCGCCAGUGCGGUUAGAUUCUUGUGGGUUUUGAGGCCCGACAUUGUUAAGGAUAAUUUGUCCUCGGAUCAAAACUUGGUGACAGAACUGAAAAAGGGUUGCUCGGAGAAUGGGCAGAUAGUGAGUUGGGCUCCUCAAGAAGAGGUCUUGGCCCACCGGGCGAUCGGAGGAUUCUGGACGCACAGUGGAUGGAACUCGACUCUGGAAAGUAUUAUCGCUGGAAAGCCAAUGAUCUGUUCGGCGCAAAUUGUUGACCAGCUGAUUACUAGAAGGGUUGUGAGUGAAGUGUGGAAGAUUGGGGUGGACAUGGAAGAUAAGUGUGAUCGUUUGAGUAUUGAGAAAAUGGUGAAGGAGGUUAUGGGGAGCAGGGGGCAAGAGUUGAAGAAAUCAGCCCAGAAAUUUUCUAAGUUAGCAAGAGAAAGUGUCAACAAUGGAGGUUCAUCCUAUACUAACCUUGACCACCUCAUAAAUGAGAUAAGAAGAUUGAGCAGCUAGCAUUAAGGAUUUCAAAAAUAUUUCAUCUUAGUCUCAACGAUCUUAGUAGCUUAAGUGUGUUAGUUUGUAAUGAGUUUAUCAGGCAUGUUCAAUAAAAGAUUAU